AUGCAUAGCUACGCUCUCCUUGCACUCGGCAUUGCGGCCACUCUGCCACGCGUCAUUGCAACAACAGCUGGUCCGGUAGACCUAACAGUCGAGACCUUCGACCAAUACAUAUCUUCAUACGAUGCCGUCAUGGUCGAGUUUUUCGCGCCGUGGUGCGCUGUCUGCAAAGAAUUGGAACCUUUGUACGAGGAAACCGCAUCGAUUGUCGCCGCGAAUUCGAGCGACAUACGAUUUGCGAGAGUGAAUUGCGUCGAGCAGAAUGAGCUCUGCGAGACGUAUGAAACGCCAAUGUAUCCCACACUGCGACUCUUCCAGGGUGUUGGGCGAGAGACUGUAUACAAUGGCCCUCGGGAGUCAGCAGAGAUGAUUUCGUUCGCCGAGGUUCGUUUAAAGCCAGCGAUACAUGUUCUUACGGAAGGCGAACUUGAAAGCUUCAAGCAUAGCAAUCAAGUUGUCGUUGUAGGCUCAUGGAGCGAAAAUGACGCAGCAUCCAAUCAAACCUUCACUCGUGUUGCCGAAGAGCUCCUGGACUACUACACUUUCGCCGCCACGAGCGACAAAGCCAAAACCGCGAAACCCAGCAUCACCCUCUACAAGCAGUACGACACGCGAGAACUUCAUUUCGACGGCGACUUCGACGACGAUGCGAUCAUCGACUUCAUCGCGUUGAACUCGGUUCCUAUCGUGGGCGAGUACAGCCAGAAAUGGUCGUGGUACUACCCACCAAACGCCUCCGUCCCUCUAGUAGCAGGUUUUGCCCAUUCCGCUGCGGAGCGCGAAACCCUCACCGACCUCAUGCGCCCGCUCGCAAAGACCAACGAAAAUAUUAUGCGUUUUGUGACCGUCGAUCCUGCAAGGGAGCCGAUUUUCGCUGCGAGACUUUUAGUUCCAGGUGAAAACAAGGGCACGACUCUGGUCAUGCGCGAUACUUCCGAUCGAGUCUUUCACCUGUCCGAAGGUGAAGAUCUUACACCACAGGUGCUGAGUAAAUGGAUCGAAGACUUCCGACAGGGGACACUCACACCGUACGAGGUGCCUGAGCCUGCGCCCGAGCCCGAAGUUCCAGAAGAGUCCGUUGUUAUACUCGAAGCAGCGAGUUUCGACAGUGUAGUGUAUGACGCUGACUACGACGUUCUCGUCGAGUUCUACGCGCCGUGGUGCGGCCACUGCAAGAAGCUCGUACCCACCUAUGCCAAACUUGCCCAGCACUUCGCAGAGACCGGCGAGAAAGUCCGCAUUGCGAAAAUUGAUGCUACAGAACAUCAAAUCCCCGAACAUCCGAUCAAGAGCUAUCCUACGAUCAUGUUCUUCCCAGCAGAUACCAGGAAGGACGCCAUGGCAUAUGAAGGUGACCGAUCCCUUGAGGAUUUCGUGAAGUUCAUUGGCGCGAAC